GCAGUAUCCAUACUGAGGGUACUCUUAAAUCCUAAAAUUUUCGCCGUCUGCUGCUUCCAUGGGCUCACAUUAGGGAAAAAUUAUGCGCCGUGGAUGAGAGAAUGGUGUGCGGUAGCUAAGCUGCUCUUCAUUUAACGAGAAAUUGAGAAGUCCGGCAAAGAGCAAAGGUUCUUCAAGGCACAUGGGGGACACAGGUGGCCAACAAGACAGCGACACCAAUGAAGAAUCUCAAAAAUCCAAAAAAUUUCAGAAAGUCUCCAUUAUCCCUCUUAUUUUCUUAAUCUUCUACGAGGUCUCUGGUGGGCCUUUUGGAAUAGAAGACAGUGUUCAUGCCGCCGGCCCUCUUCUUUCAAUUCUUGGAUUUUUAAUACUUCCAUUAAUAUGGAGCAUUCCAGAAGCACUGAUUACUGCCGAAUUGGGCACAAUGUUUCCAGAGAAUGGUGGUUAUGUUCUCUGGGUGUCUUCUUCUUUGGGUCCUUUCUGGGGUUUCCAACAAGGUUGGAUGAAAUGGCUAAGUGGUGUCAUAGAUAAUGCUCUGUAUCCUGUUCUUUUUUUAGACUAUCUGAAGUCUGGAAUUCCAGCUCUAGGAGGGGGACUUAUGAGAACAUUGGCAGUGUUGAUUCUUACUGUAGGUUUGACUUACAUGAACUACAGAGGGCUUGCUAUAGUUGGAUGGGUAGCUGUAUUUCUUGGAGUUUUCUCAAUUCUUCCUUUCAUUGUAAUGGGGUUCAUAGCCAUUCCAAGGCUAGAUGUUUCACGAUGGUUGAUAGCUGAUUUUAACAAUGUUGAUUGGGGUCUAUAUUUGAAUACCCUUUUUUGGAAUUUGAAUUAUUGGGACUCAAUAAGCACUUUGGCAGGAGAGGUCCACAAUCCAAAGAAGACUCUACCAAAGGCACUAUUUUACGCUUUAAUAUUAGUUGUCUUGGUGUAUAUUUAUCCUCUUUUGACUGGCACAGGAGCUAUUCCACUGGAGAGGGAGCUCUGGACUGACGGCUACUUUUCUGAAAUUGCCAAAAUACUCGGUGGUGUUUGGCUGAGAUUGUGGCUACAAGGUGCAUCAGCGUUGUCAAACAUGGGGAUGUUUGUUGCUGAAAUGAGCAGCGACUCUUAUCAACUUCUUGGUAUGGCUGAGAAAGGGAUGCUACCUGAUUUCUUUGCCAAGAGGUCUCAAUAUGGAACACCAUUUGUAGGGAUUCUUUUUUCUGCAUCUGGUGUGCUAUUGCUCUCAUGGAUGAGCUUCCAAGAAAUAGUUGCUGCUGAGAAUUUUCUCUACUGUUUUGGAAUGAUUUUGGAGUUUAUAGCCUUCAUAAAGCUACGAAUAAAGUGCCCAUCAGCACCUCGUCCAUAUAAGGUCCCUUUGGAUACUCUUGGUUGCACUUUGAUGCUCAUCCCUCCUACCGUUUUGAUACUAGUGGUUUUAACUUUUUCUUCUUUCAAAGUCAUGAUUGUUAGCCUCUUUGCCAUGCUUGUUGGGUUUAUAUUACAUCCUUGUCUGAUUUAUACUGAAAAGAAUCGAUGGUUGAAGUUCUCAACGAGCUCUGAUCUCCAUUACGGUCAAGGUUCGGAGCAUGAGGAUGCUGAAAAUUUGAUCAGUUAAAUCUAGUUACAUUGGAUGCGUUACCAUUGUUGCUGCAUGAGAGGCUUGUUGUGCUUCGAAUAUCAGGUUGGAUUCAGUUCAUGUUGUGGCUGGAUUUUGUUCAUUGAGAAUUCGUCAUUAACAUGUAAAGGCCAUACUUUUUGAAAAUAAAUGGCAUGUGAGGUCACUUGGGACUCCAAGGCUUGAAAAUUUGUGAAACUAAAAUUCAGCAAGCAAGUCUCAACUCCUGUUUUCACUUCUUA